AUUUUCGACUCGAAAACUCAAACUUACCCAAAAGUGUGUUUUCAAAAUCAUUUCAAAAUACUUUCUGUUCGAGCAACAUUAAGUUCAUAAAAUAUAAUCAAUUUUUGAAAACUUCUAAAAUCCAUUUGCAAGUAAAAAACAAAAAAAAACGCGCAUAGAGAGGCAUCGAUAAAGCUUAAAUAAUGAAUCAAAGAUCCAUCAAUUGUGCAUUUUUUAUGUUCACGGCAGCAAUUAUCUCGACAUGCAUGGGUCUAAUGAUUUAUUUUUCGGGCUUUGAGCACGAGGCGCGCAACGCCAAAAACAUUUUCAUAGCAAUCGUGAUAGUACUAUUUUUUCAGCUCCUAAUUGCUGAGCCAAUAAAACUUAUGCUAAUCGCACUUGAUAUGUCCAUUUGGCCGCGCAGCAUGCCCAAGUAUCGCAAAUAUCAGGAUGAGGAGGACAACAACGUUGAGGAAUACAAUCGAUUGAAUUUCCUUAAGCGACGCUUGAGGGCAAUGAGAGUUCAGACCCUGAUCACCGAGCGUUAUCGCAAUGAGACUCUGACCCAGGAGUACAGGAUUAUUGCACAAGAUUUAUUUCUUUAUGGCAAAUACUUUUUAAUACUGAUUGGCUUGGUGCUGGUUUCGCGGGACGAUCUGAUGUACUACAAUACCCACCGAUUGGAAAAGCUGUUGAUGUACAAUCAUUCGAGUUAUAUUGGACUUAAAGAGGUUUAUCAUCUGAAUCAGCUGUUCGAUUUUGUGCAGUCAUCGCUAAUCGAUGCUUUCAGCUACGAUGCCAACGAUACGGGAGUUAACUCCUGGGUGCACAGCACCCAAACUAAAAUGGUGAGCGUGGUGCGACUACGUCAACUGCGCCUGGCCGAGGAACAUAUGGGCUGGAAUGAUCCCGAAUUUACAGAUCAACCAUAUAUGCCCGAUUGGCAAUUGCCAUACUAUCACAUGCUCUAUGCCCAGAAAUAUUGGCGCAUCUAUGAGCCCUGGAUACCCCUAGUCGAAAAAAACUUUGCUUCUCGGGUUCUGCUUAAUUUUAAUCAUGUAGGUAAAUUCCAGAACUAUCCAGAGUUAAAAGGUUACGUCGCGCUGCUGGCACGCCAGAAGGCGAAUAGCAUGAAGAUACUUGAAUUUCUAACCGAAACCCAUUGGCUAACGUACAACACAUCGGCGGUAUUCCUUGACUUUACGCUAUAUAAUGUCGAUUCAGAUAUGUUCAGCGUAUGCACAUUGCGCGUAGAGCAAACGCCCUUUGGUGGCAUCAUACCGGAUGUUUACUGUGACAGCAUUGAGCUGGUCGAUGAUGUCCUACAGACAGGCUAUGUGACAUUGUUCGUGCUGCUCAUCUAUGUGAUAGUCCUUCUGCAGUUCAUGCACGCAUUCCUGGUGCAAUUAUGGUAUCAGCCAGGCAGGUUGCGCAGCAUGUGGAACAAAUUGGAUUUGAUUAUAAUUGUUCUUAAUGUCGCGAUGAUUGGUGUCGUCGUUACGCGUACAACAAUCGUAGCCGCGAUGCUAAAGAGAUUGGAGGGUACCAAUAAGCUAGAUUUUCUAGACUUUCGGAAACCGGGUCGUCUGCUUGCCCUGGCCAAUAUAUUAACCGGCUUUCUAAUCUGCGCAACCACGCUGCGUUUGUGGAAGGUGAUGCAGUUCGCCAAGGUAUUUCAGAUAUUCACCAAAACUCUGUAUCUGGCCUGGAAGGCAUUGGCCAUCACCGCCCUGGCCAUUACCAUCAUUCUGAUGGCAUUUGGCAUUGCGUUUGUCACUAUCAAUGGCAACAACAGUUCCCACUUUAUUCGCCCAGUCACAAGUGUCGUCACGUCCAUAUGCUUCUCGUUCGGCUUUAUGAGCGAGAUCAAGCCAAACGAUCUCUUUCAUGGUGGUAAAUAUCUGGGCAUUGCUAUGUAUGCUGCUUUGGGAUUUGUGAUUUCUGUGCUGCUGAUCAACGUGUUUGUAACAUUAAUUCAUGAUUAUUUUACCGCCGCCAAGUCCAUUGGUGAUGCAAAAUUCCGGCGACAAAUUACAUUUUUGGAAUUUCUACGUGUGGAGUUCUAUAGUGUCCACCGGUUCUUUCAUAACCUGCCAUUUAUUAAAAAGAAGUACAAACGCAAUAAUCGCACAGUGGCUGAGAAUAUUCAACGUAUUUUGGCCGAGCGCGAUAGGCAACAUAUCCUUAAGCAACGAUCGACUAGGUCCAUAUUCAGUAGCGUAAAAACUGUCGAAGUUGAAAAGGACGAAGACACUCUGCAGGCUGAGUAUCGCGAACGUAUUGAGCAUAUAUGCGCUAUCUCAAAAAUUCUAACCAUCCAAAUCGAAAUUUUAGAGCGUGUUAUAUUCGAUGAAGUUACGGAUGAUAAGAAGAGCAAGCAAAGGAGGCGUUCUCAAAGACCCCAAGAAAACGAUCAACCUCCAGGCCCCCAGGACGACAAACCUUCCAAUAAAUAUGAUAGCUUCGUAUAAUCACUCGAUCGCUUUGUGAGCACAAAUAAUUAUGUAUUUUAUUAUUCGUUUCCCAUUUGUGUGUAAAUACAAAUACAGUUUCGAAUUGCUUUAUACCCUGAA